CCUCAACAUCAACCAGCGGGCCAUCGUCCAGUGACAUCAUGUACUCACUGUCGUCAACAUAAGAUCAAAUGUAAUGCUUCAGAAAGAUUCCCAGCUCCUUGUCAAAGAUGUGAAAAAAUGGGACUUACUUGUGAAAUUGAUCCACAAUUUAGACCAAAGAAAGGAAGUCAAAUACAGAGUUUGAGGAAUGAUGUUGAUGAAUUGAAACUUAAGAUUGAAUAUUUGCAAAGGAAUGAAUCAUUAAUUGCACAGGCUUUAGCGAACCAACAGACUAAUACUUUUAUGAGAAAUAAUGAGCAUGCACCUUCAAUAAGCUCACCUCUCAACUCCUUGAGUGGUGAUUCACCACCUGGGGCCACUUCUGUCAAAACUAUUUUAAAAAGGGAACCACAUUUAUUAAUGGAUAGAAGAAAUUCACAACCUGGAUCAAGACAAAGUGCUUCACCAAAUUCAAUACCUCAACUAUUAAAUGAUUCUGCUCCAACUAAUAGUGACCAUUCAAAAGAUUUACCACCAUUCCUAGAAAUGUCUGUAAGAGCAAAUACUCCAGUUCCUGAAGAUCCAACAGCUUCACCUCAUUCACAAAAAUCUAAUGCUUCAAAUCACAUUUCAGAGUUUGUCUUGGGAGAUGUUUAUUUACCAUUAAGCAAAGCUAAUGAACUACAUAAAAGAUUUAUGAAAGAUUAUAACCCUUAUUUCCCAAUUAUGUCUUCAAAUAACGCUUCAGAACUAUAUUCACAAUCUCAACUAUUAUUUUGGGUUAUCUGCUUAACUGCAUGCUUAUCAGAUCCUGAACCAACUCUAUACAAUCAACUCUCAUCAUUAAUCAAACAAUUGGCAAUUGAAACAUGUUGGAUACGUACACCAAGAUCGACACAUAUCUCACAAGCUUUGUUGAUACUGUGUAUGUGGCCAUUACCCAAUCAAAAAGUUUUAGAUGAUUGUUCAUAUAGAUUUGUUGGGUUAGCUAAAAGUUUAGGUUAUCAAUUGGGUUUACACAGAGGUAAAUUCAUUAGUGAAUUUUCAAGAACUCAGGUUGCCUUACCAAAUGCUGAGAAGUGGAGAACAAGAUCAUGGUUAGGGAUAUUCUUUGCAGAACAAUUUUGGGCUUCACAAUUAGGUUUACCACCUUCUUUACAAACUGAUUAUUUGAUUGAAAAUGCUAGAGUUGAUAAAAAUUUACCAAAAAAUUUCAGAUCAUUAAUAUCUUUAUCGAUUUUCCAAGCUAAAUUAGUUAAUGUUAUGGGUUCAAGUGUGGUAUCCCCUGAUGGAUUGAUGGAGGCUAGAAAUAGAGCUGGAUCAUUGGCUAUUUUGGAGAGAGAAUUGGAAAGAUUAGUUUUUAAAUUAGAGAUUGAUGAUAUUUGGGUUGAGGUUUACUAUUUAUAUGUUAAAUUGACAAUUUGUUGUUUUGCAUUUUUACCAGAGACACCAACUGAAGAUCAAACCAAAUAUGUGACACAGGCUUAUUUGGCAGCUACAAGAAUUGUUACACUAGUUUCCAAGAUCCUAGAGACAAAAAAUUUAAUUGAAUUGCCAAUUUACAUUAGACAAAGUGUUUCAUAUUCUGCAUUUAUUUUAUUCAAGCUUCAUUUAACCCCAUUAUUAUUGGACAAAUAUAUUGAUUCAGCAAGACAGUCUAUUGUCACAGUUCAUAGGCUGUUUAGAAAUCAACUGUCUGCAUGGAAAAAUGUUGAGAAUGAUAUUUCAAGAACUGCACAAGUUUUGGAAAAAUUAAAUUUUGUGUUAUUUACCCACCCAGAAUUAUACACCAAAAAUGAUGGUAUCAUUACAAGAAUGAGAUCUCAUUUAACAGGAUCUUUGUUUUAUGAUUUAGUUUGGUGCAUUCACGAGGCAAGAAGAAGAACAUUAGAAGAUCAAAAAAAUGGUAAACCACCAGCUCAAAAACAAGAUCAACAAGAUGAUAAGAAAAAACCAAUCCCAUUGCCGUUUUAUAAUCAAAUCAACAAAGAUGAUUUCCAAACCAUAACAACGACUACACCAGGUGGUACAACCAUUACAACCUUGGUUCCAACUGAGAAUGCAAUGACAACAGCAACAGCAAAUGCCACAGCUGCUGGGUUAUCUAAACCUACAGAGAUUAAAGGUAUUCCAGUUUCAAUGUUGGAUUCUACAGGUAGUAUACCUGCAACACUUUUUGGACAUAGUAAUUUGACAUCAUUGAAUAAUUCAUCAUCAAAUUUGCAAGAUUUAAGAAAAGCUGUUGGUAAAAACAAUUCAUCAAGCGUUAGUUUAUCAAAUGAACAAAAUUCAAAUAACGUUGUUGGUAAAAGUGGUACUGAAAUUUUGGCAAGAGGUGAAUCAAAGUCAAUCACACCAAGUGCUCAAUAUCCCGUGAACAGUUAUGAUUUUAGUAAUGUUGGUGUACCAUCUCCAAGUAAUCCAAAUUUUGGAGCUGGAUAUGAUAUAAAUAAUAAUGAAGGAGCAUCAAAGGAAGAUUUCAAUAAUUUCUUCCAACAACAAAGUGCUGGAUGGAUGGAAGGUAAUGAUGAUUUCUUGGGUUGGUUCGAUAUGAACAUGGCUCCAGAAUUUUGA